GGAACUUUCCCUUUUAUUUACAAGAAAAAAGUCAACGAGACCAACACAAAUACUCCGUACUCUCAAGUUUGCAGCGUUACAAACGUGGGCACAUUAAUGAAAAAAACACAGCGCGAAGAUUCGAACAACUGACAACGACCUCCCUCCGACGUUCCCAUGUGAAGUGCUUCCACCACAAAGCGGAUCAUCAUCAUCAUCAUCAUCAUUUCCAAGUCUGUUAUUCUUCACUCUCAUCUCCUUCUUUGCAACAAAAUGGGAUUUUGAAAUCUGGGGUGAGCUCAAGAUGAAAACUUUAGUAGCUGAGUAGAAAUUUUCAUAUUUUUAUAAUAAACCCAGAAGCCGGAAUACUUAAUUUGUUCAUAAUUCUAUUCCGAAUUUGCUUUGCUGUUGUGUUGCGUGAUUAGAUGGAUUUCCCAGCUGGACCCCACUUGAGGGAGAGUCUUUUGUCUAUUGCUCGGCCAUGAAAAAAAAAUCAUAUGUUCUCUUGAAUUUGCUGAGUAAUUAUUCAUAUAAGGACAAACUUUCCUUUCAUCCAAUUUUAUUGAUAUAAUUAUACGGAGCAUGUAAUAGCUGCUUGUAUAAUAAAUUCAAAAUAAAUUUUGCUUCUCUGUCUAGUUAAAGAUUUGUACACCAGAGCAAAGGAAUCAGCUUUUCUAAGAAGGAUGGAGAUGGAUGGAGAAUCCAGUGAAACUAAAGGAGAGAUGUGGGCUUUGGAGCAAAAGCUUGAUCAACCCAUGGAUGAGGAGGCUGGGAAGCUGAAAUUCAGGCACGCUGAAAAGAAAUUCUCAUUGAUUUUGCUAUUAAGACUGGCAUUUCAGAGCUUGGGAGUAGUGUAUGGGGACUUGGGGACAUCCCCCUUAUAUGUUUUCUACAACACAUUUCCCCAUGGAGUUGAAGACACUGAGGAUAUUAUUGGGGCACUUUCAUUGAUCAUAUACUCACUCACUCUUAUACCACUUCUCAAAUAUGUUUUCAUCGUGUGCAGAGCAAGUGACAAUGGCCAAGGUGGAACCUUUGCUCUGUACUCAUUACUCUGUCGACAUGCAAAGGUAAAAACAAUCCCGAACCAACACCGGACAGAUGAAGAGCUAACCACGUAUAGCCGUAGCACAUUUCAUGAACAUUCAUCUGCUGCAAAAACAAAGAGAUGGCUGGAGGCAUAUGCAUUCAGAAAGAAUGCACUUCUUAUUCUUGUCCUUGUGGGAACUUGCAUGGUAAUUGGGGAUGGCAUCCUUACUCCAGCUAUAUCAGUACUUUCGGCUUCAGGUGGGAUCAAGGUGGUCCGUCCAGCAUUGAGUAGUGAUGUAGUUGUGCUUGUAGCAGUAUUUAUACUAGUUGGGUUGUUUAGCAUGCAACACUAUGGUACUGACAAGGUUGGGUGGCUCUUUGCCCCAAUAGUACUUCUCUGGUUUCUACUAAUAGGGGGUAUAGGCAUUUACAACAUCUGGAAAUACGAUAUCUCAGUUCUGAAGGCCUUUUCUCCUGUAUACAUAUAUCGGUAUUUUAGGAGGAGAGGGAAAGAUGGAUGGAUAUCACUUGGAGGAAUAAUGUUAAGCAUUACAGGAACGGAGGCACUUUUUGCUGAUCUUUCUCAUUUUCCUCUAGCUGCAGUCCAGCUUGCAUUUACCAUUAUUGUUUUUCCUUGCCUUCUUUUGGCCUACUGUGGCCAAGCCGCCUACCUCACACAAAAUAAAGAGCAUGUCAUCUAUGCAUUCUAUCGUUCUAUUCCAGACAGGAUAUAUUGGCCGGUCUUUAUUGUGGCCACUCUUGCUGCCAUUGUUGCAAGUCAAGCCGUUAUAUCUGCUACAUUUUCAAUCAUCAAGCAGGCGUUAGCACUAGGCUGUUUUCCAAGAGUUAAGGUUGUACAUACAUCUAAGAAGUUCCUCGGACAGGUGUACAUCCCAGAUAUCAAUUGGAUCUUAAUGCUUCUUUGCAUAGCUGUCACAGCUGGAUUCAGAAACCAGAGUCAAAUCGGCAACGCUUACGGCACAGCGGUGGUUAUAGUCAUGCUGGUCACCACGCUUCUCAUGGUCCUGAUAAUGUUGCUAGUUUGGCACUGUCAUUGGAUCAUCGUUGUCAUCUUCACCGUACUAUCGCUCAUGGUGGAAUGCACUUACUUCUCGGCGGUCCUUUUCAAGGUCGAUCAGGGAGGAUGGGUCCCGCUUGUGACUGCUGCAGCGUUUCUCGUGAUCAUGUAUGUUUGGCAUUACGGGACGGUGAAGAGGUAUGAGUUCGAGAUGCACAGCAAGGUGUCGAUGGCGUGGAUUCUCGGGUUGGGCCCCAGUUUAGGUCUGGUACGAGUUCCCGGUAUAGGUCUGGUUUACACAGAGUUGGCAAGUGGGGUCCCACACAUCUUCUCACACUUGAUCACAAACCUUCCCGCCACACACUCAGUGGUGGUGUUUGUGUGUGUGAAGUAUCUACCGGUCUAUACGGUUCAUGAAGAAGAGAGGUUCCUCGUGAAACGUAUAGGGCCAAAGAACUUCCACAUGUUCCGAUGUGUCGCAAGGUUCGGUUACAAAGAUCUCCACAAGAAGGACGACGACUUCGAGAAGAAAUUGUUUGACAACCUUUUCAUGUUUGUGCGCCUUGAGUCAUUGAUGGAAGGCUGCUCGGACUCUGAUGAGUGUGGACAAAAUGCCUUGUUGGAUGCGUAUUCGAGCACGGACCCCACAGUAUCCUCAGUGAACUCCAUAGUGGCAGUAGAGUCAAUAAGCAGCCAGACAGAGAUCGUCAAUGAGCUGGAGUUCUUGACUGCGGCUAGAGAUGCCGGGGUGGUACACAUACUUGGGAACACAAUGGUGAGAGCUGGGAGAGAUUCUAGGUUCUAUAAGAAAAUUGCCAUUGACUAUGUAUAUGCCUUUCUUAGGAAAAUAUGCAGGGAAAACAGUGCAAUAUUCAAUUUGCCUCAUGAGAGUCUCUUGAAUGUUGGACAGAUUAUCCAAGUGUAACUGCUUGUCCCCCUUGAUAAGAAAAUUCCCUUCUAGCGUGUUUGACAUUGAAUUUUGCUUCUUUAAAAUCGGAAAUUCUUUGUUGUGUCAUGUAUGUACAAGAAUGUGAUUUGUUAGUGUUUGCAUUGGCAUUGAUUCGACUAUACUACGUAUGAAAUAAAGAAAGCAGUGCAUCACACAUGUUUAUAAGUUUAUUUAUGUUUGUAUCUAACUAUCUAUAUUUAGUAAGGAUUUAAUAAGGACUAAAUAAAAACAUAAAAAGUAGAUGCUUG